AUGCCGGUGGUGCGAGCGAGCACCAGCAGCAGCGCCAGCAGCAGCAGUCGACCGGCAGCCUCGUACUCUUUCCAGGGCCAGCGCCUACCGCCGGCGCGCGCAGCCGCGCCCCCGAUGCCCGCCCCGACCGCGGCCGCCGCGACAUCGCAAAAGGGCACGGACCGGCGCGCGCAUGACCAGAUAGGCACACUGCUCGUCCAAUGCCCGGACGCCAAGGGCGUUGUUGCCAGCGUGGCCCAGCUUCUGUUCGGGUUCAACUCUGACCAGUUCACCGACGAGACCACCGCGGUGCCCCGCUUCUUCCAGCGCACCGAGUUCGACUUCUCGGAGAUAUCUGUGGGCGCGGCCAACCUGCCGGUGCUGGAGCGCGCCAUCGAUGACCUGGCGGCGCGGUACAACAUGGAGUACCGGAUAU